CCGCGACGCGACUCGGCGCGACGCGAGCGCGCGCGCGCGAGCGAUCGGCGACGAACGCGCGAACUCUUUCGAUCGCGCGCGCCGCGGACGGGACGCGAUGCGCGACGCGAUCACGGUCGGGACGAUCAAUCACCGCGUCGUCGACGCGGAGUACGCGGUGCGAGGGCCGAUCGUCGCGCGGGCGCAGCAGCUCGAGCGGGCGCUGCGGGACGGGGAGAAACUGCCGUUCGAUAAGGUGGUGUACUGCAACAUCGGGAAUCCGCACUCGCUCGGGCAGCGGCCGAUCUCGUUCUUCAGGCAGGUGCUCGCGGCGAUCGACUGCGAGGCGGUGGCGGGGGCGUUCGCGGCGGACGUCCUCGAACGCGCGGAGGAGUGUAAGCGGAAGAUUAAGGGCGGGACGGGAGCGUACUCGGAGAGUAAGGGCGUGGAAUCUUUGCGAGAGCGCGUGGUGAGAGGGAUCACGAAGAGGGAUGGGAUUCCGGCGAACAUCGACGACGUGUAUCUCAUCGACGGGGCCUCGGCGGGGUGCCAUUAUUUGAUGAACGUCUUGAUUCGAGGGGAACAGGACGCCAUCAUGUGCCCGAUCCCGCAGUAUCCGCUGUACUCGGCGGCGUUAACGCUGUAUGGCGGUACGCUGACGCCGUACUACCUGGACGAAGAGACUGGGUGGUCGAUGGACGUCGAACACGUCAAGAGUCAGUUGAACGCGGCGCGAGCGCAAGGGAAAAACGUUCGCGCGCUCGUCGUCAUCAACCCGGGUAACCCUACGGGUAACGUGUUGAGCGAUGACAACUUGCUCGAUAUCGCCAAGUUCUGCGCCGAUGAAGGACUUCUCAUCAUCUCCGACGAAGUGUACCAAGAAAACAUCUACGCCGAUGGCAAAAAGUUCAAGAGCAUGCGCAAAGUCGUGCUCGAGGCGGGCUUGGACAAGCGGGUCGCCUUGGCGAGCUUCCAGAGUAUCAGCAAAGGGUACUACGGUGAAUGCGGUCGUCGCGGUGGUUUCAUGGAACUCAUCGGUGCGUGGGAACAAGGCGUGCUGGAUGCGAUUCUGAAGCUCGCGUCCAUCGCUCUCUGCCCCAACUUGGCGGGCCAAAUCGUGACCUCGAUGGUCAUGGACCCGCCGGUGGAAGGCGACCCUUCGUACAAGCAGUUUGCGCAAGAACGCGAUGACAUUCUCGCAUCUCUGAAGAGACGUUCCAUCACACUCAGCAACGCGUUGAACUCGUUGGAGGGUGUGACUUGCCAACCAGCGGAUGGCGCGAUGUACUGCUUUCCGAACCUGGUGUUCCCGCAAAAGUUCCUUGACGAAUGCGCCGCCGCGAACAAGGUUGCCGAUGCAGAGUACUGCACCCGCUUACUGUUGGCGACCGGUAUCGUCACCGUUCCGGGGUCUGGGUUCGGGCAAAAGCCGGGCACGUGGCACUUCCGGACCACUUUCCUUCCGAGCGAGGAAGAUAUCGCUGGCGUCGCCGUCAAGCUCACCAACUUCCACGGCGAAUUCAUGUCUCAGUACAAGUAAGCAUUGAGGGAUGAAGAACGAACUGAUUAAGAGAGCGGAACACUUUAGAGAACUUUAGAUCCACCUCUGAUGUCGAUCGAAUUGACGAGGAAAGGAUUUGUGCUGCUAACUGUGCGAUUAUUUUUAAAAUCCCAUUUACACGAGUUGCUUA